AUGACUUCGUCGAACAACUGGCCCGUAAAGCAGUACACACCUCGACAUACAAGCUGGCCGUACAACCCAUCCGACUUUACCAGACGAGACUCAUCUUCCGACGAUAGAUUCUAUAGCGCUCCUCGUUUCGUGACACACAUCGACGAUGCGGCGAUCGCCACCCUUCGAGAAUACUACGACACUGUCCUGCCUCGGAAGGGAAAAAUCCUAGAUUUCUGCAGCAGCUGGGUUAGCCACUACCCGAAGUCGGUCGAAGAGGCUGUGGUCAAUGGAGAACUCAAAGUUGUCGGAAUGGGUAUGAACAAGGCCGAACUCGAUGCCAACAAGGUGCUGAAUGGCGGUCGACUACUCGAGGAUCUCAACCAAGACCCGGACAUCAGCUCCGCUCUCAGAGAAGCCAAGGCCAUUGAUGCGGACGAUUUCAGCAUGCUGGAUGCAUCAACGAAUGUUGUCAGCACAGAUUAUUUGACGAAGCCGGUGGAAGUUUUGAAGUCUUUGCGAGAAGCAACGAAAAUCGGUGGCACAGUGCACUUGACGAUCAGCAACCGCUGCUUUCCAACCAAAGCCAUCAGUCGAUGGCUUCGCGUGGAGGAGGAAGAGAGAUUAGAGAUGGUAGCAGAUUUCCUGCACUUUGCUGGAUGGAAGAAGAUUGAGAUUGUAGAGCUGAGCAACGGAUCUGCUGAUUCAGGGGCGCCACAAGCUGGGCUGAUGAAGUGGAUGGGCAUGAAUGCGAGAGAUCCACUAUGGGUAGUAAGGGCUGUCAAGGAGUAA